AUGAUUCUCGACUCACUAGCAAACAACAUUAAAGAGUUUCGCUACGAUCCGGAUGAAAACAUAACCUUCGCUGCAUGGUAUGGCAGAUACGACGAUUUGUUCGAGCAAGAUGCUGUACGGCUGGACGAUGAAGCGAAAGUCCGCUUGCUCAUGCGAAAACUCGGAUCAUCUGAGCACGAAAGAUAUGUGAGUUACAUCCUGCCGAAAUUGCCGAAGGGCUACAAAUUUACUGACACAGUUGAAAAACUGAAAAUCCUUUUCGGCGCUGCGGAGUCCGUCAUCAGUAAACGGUAUCAGUGUUUGCAGGUGACCAAACAACCGACCGAUGACUACGUCACAUAUGCUUGUCGAAUCAACAAGGCCUGCGUUGAAUUCGAGCUGAGCAAACUAACCGAGGAGCAGUUCAAAUGUCUUAUGUUUGUUUGCGGACUAAAGUCGGAAGGAGACGGCGAAAUACGAACGCGGCUAUUGUCGAAGAUUGAGGAACGCGAUGAUGUCACUCUCGAUCAUCUUUCGGAAGAUUGUCAGCGAUUGUUGCGCCUAAAGCGGGACACGGCAAUGAUCGAGUCAUCAGCAUCAACGUCAUCGGUAAAUUUCAUCAAGCGAAAACAACAAUUUUCAAAACAUCAACAGAAGCCGCCAGUGGAAACAGCCGAACCAGACAAAAACAUUCCCUCAACGCCCUGCUGGUUCUGUGGAGGAAUGCAUUUCGUUCGAGACUGUACUCAUAGGAGCCACAAAUGCAAAGAUUGCGGCAUUGUCGGACACCGUGAGGGUUAUUGUUCCACUGCCAAGCGAACUUCCAAAGCUAGUCGAAACAAAAAGCAUCCGGGAGCGUAUGCUACAAAAAGUGUUUAUACCGGUCGUAUUUAA